UUUAAAAGGCACUUAGCACUGAGCAGGAGCAGGUGUAAGAAGGAAUCUGUGCUGAGGGGACUGCCAUUAACGGAGAGACCCCAGCAUACACAGUUUCCCUUACAUAGGUGAAAAAAUAAAGGAGACAAGAAUUUGUUAUUUUUUUGUAUCCUUUAAAUUCAAAGUAAAUCUUAUUAAGAGAGAGCAAAGCCUUGUCUGCUAAUUUAGGAAAAGGAUUGAAAGAUCUUAUAAGGUAGAAAAAGACUAUCACAGGAGAAGAUAUCUUUGGAGUAACUGGACAACAAAGAUUCACAGCCUUAACCUGCAGACUUGAAAACAGCCUUUACAAAUUAUAAGAUACUUCUGUAUUCAGGGAGAUAUUUUCGACCUUGGAAAGAAGAAUCAAGUGAUGGGUAAUACAAGCAGCUCAACUGUGGAUGACCUGCAGGCAGUGGAAAUCCACCACUGGUACAAGAAGUUCAUGAUAGAAUGUCCCUCUGGUCAGCUCACACUGCAUGAGUUCAAACAGUUUUUUGGCCUACGUGGGCUAAGUGGAGAUGCCAACAGCUACAUAGAACAAAUGUUCCGCACCUUUGACAUGAACAAGGUAAGAGAACAAAUUAUAAACACCGAAUGCUGGAUAACAAUCUUUCCCAGGGGAUUGAAAAUAUCAUACAAGGCAGUAUAUAUCCUUCUGUACACAGCUAAAAUUUGGUGCCCGUUAACAAGAUAGUCAUAGGCUACCAGCUAAACUAUGGAGUACCUAGAUACAAGUAAAUCUAGAAAUCUAAUCCACAGAGUGCCUAGAAACAUAUCUGAAAAUCUACAUCACGAGGGAACUAAUUAUAUGUACAUCUAGAAAUCUAAAUAUAAUAGUGUCUAAAUAUGUACAUUAUAUAUACUAAAAAGUGUUUAGACACAUGCAUAUACACAUGUUCAUCUAAAGAGCUAAAUCAUGGAGUGCCUGGGCAUGUGCAUGUGUAGACACAUUUAUAUCUAGAAAUCUAGAUGACGGAGUGCCUACACACUUUUCUAUCUACAAAUCUAAACCAUGGAGGGUGCAGAUACAUGCAUUUCUAGAAAGCUAAACAGCACAUUUUUUUUUUUUUACAAAAUUCCAAAACAAAUUGCAAAUUCUAAAUCAGCGACAGCCCUAAGACAGAAAUACAUUAAUUUGCUGAAAUAAAAUAUAAUAGCAAACAACACACCUUCGAUAUUAGUCCUCCUGUGGUCAAAUUAAAACAUGAACUGUAGAUUGACAAAAGAAAAAUGUAAAGAGAAUUUAAUUACUAUGUUGUGGCUUUAUAGCGUAUUUUGUUUUUACUUUUUGUAGUUAUAUAAAUAAAGGGCCAUUUCACAUAUCUCAUUGGUUGAGCUAUGAGAAUGUUAUUUAUGUUAUAAAUAGCUUUUUUUUGUCAUGUUGCAUGAUUGAUGGCUGAGAUAAACUAGUGGGUACCAAUAUUUAGCUAUGAGAAAAAUGGAAGAGGUGUUACAAGUAAAGUUAUGUUCUGAAAUUAUCUUUGAGUGGCUCAUGCAGUUAAACAGACCCUAUAUUUACUUAACAAUAAGCUGAAAUGAUACGCAUUGUAAAUAAUACACCCAUGAAGAGAUAAACUAAUAUAUACAGAAUGUAUUAUAAUUUAUAAAAAAUUAAGAGAUAAUGUCUGAAUUUGUGGAGAGAUUGCAAGAUCCUGAACACAAAUGUGACUGUGGGAUACAUGUAUGUUUUGGGUUACAACCUGUGGAUUAUACCUAUGGCCUUACAAAUAACUAAGCAUAUGAAAGGAAAAUUAACUUAAAUCACCUCUUCAAGUGUAGAGCUGUAGUGAAUAUACAAAUAUUUAAAUUUUCCCAGACCAUACUGCAGUAGUUGUGGUUGGAAGAUAUAUAUCUCAUUGUAGGCUAUUAAACCCCAGGAUCUGUAUUCCAAGUAACAAGAUAUACCUUCUAACUAUUUACCAGUACACUUACAGUCUCUAGGUCUGUUAUCUGACAGGAUGCUGGCUUAAAUAAAAAUCCUAACAAUUAUAGUCCAAAACUAGAAAUCGUCAGUUGAAAAUAUAGCUCAGUGACCAACGUUUUGUUGAAUAUAUAUGUACAAUGAUAAUUUCAGCACAGUUUUGAGAUUCAAAUGUGGAGAAUCUCUGCAUUCUAAUUUGCCUGUGUGCUAAAUAAGAAAUGUGUCAUUCAAAUGAAUUUCGUAGGUAUGAACACAUCAUAAUAUCUAUCUAUCGAUCGACCGACCGAUCGAUCAAUAGAAAUAUAAUAAUAUAAAACCAGAAGUGUUUCACUCACUUGAACAUGCAUACUUAUUAGGGUGCCGCCGGGGCCAAUUCAUACUACAUACAAAAUUCAGCGCACUCACUCAUUCACUAAACAGCAAUUGCAAGUCUCACAGAAUGCAAUAGUUUUAUUUAAAAACACCUCACCAAAAAAUUAUAAGGGUUUAGUUACAGUAUAUGAUCAUACAUUGCCUACCACAACGUCAAUGUACCCCAUUCUUGGAUGGUCCUGCUCUAGCAUUAUAUUUCCAUCCCCAAAUAUAUAUAUACAUAUAAAAACAAGUUGUCCUGUUGUUGACCCUGAGGAAAUUCCCAAUCGGAGACUGAAACACUGGUCGUUUUUAAAUCUUAUUUAAUAAAGUAUUUACAUUUUAAGACCGGUGAGCAGCCAUUCUAUUUUGGAUUUAUAUAUAUAUAUAUAUAUAUAUAUAUAUAUAUAUAUUGCUGUUAUGCAUCACCUUUGGAUCUCAAGUUGGAGUUUGAAAAGUCCUCCUUGGACACAGGAACUUUAAAAAAAAUCAUAUCUCUACAACUAUCCCAGAGUUGCCAGCUAUACAUGAACUUGGACAGGCAUUGUGUUUCAGAAUUUAUAUUGCAUUUCUGCAGAUACCCUUAGCAAUGGACACCAUUUACAGUUUUUCUUUUUAAAGAAAAGUAAGGGUUAUGGACAAAAAGGCCAACAUGAGCUAUGUAGAUGAUGCAAUAUAUGUUCUGUUUGCACUGUGGGGAGUUUUAUCAUGUUUGGAAUACACACUCAUAUAUGUAUAUAUCAAACAAGAUUGUGGAAGGCAUUCACAAGGCAUUGUGGAGGAAUAAAUUGGUGGCAGGUUGGUAUAUAGACAUAGCAGACCAAUUUCUCUUUUGCCAAAGCAACCUAUGGAUUUGCCCUGACAUUUGACAGUAGCAGGUUUUACAUAGUUACAUAGUUUUCUUCCAGUUUCAGUUUAUGGGUAACAGAAUGUCCUUAUGACACCGUCUGUGGCAUCAUUGAGAGAAGGAGAAAUGAGAGAAUAGUUAGACAGACACACAGAUAAGCAAAACCUGAAACUAAACAUGUUUAUGUUCAAUCAGACAUGUAGUAUUUGAUUAUGUGAUAGAAUAACAACAUAUAGCUUGGCUUUGCCUUUAUCACAUCUGUCACAUAUCCCCAUAGACAUUGGCAGGUGUAUAACAGUUCCAAGGAUAGUCCUAGAGCAAAAGCAUUUACUUAUAUAACCAUGUGUCACUGUCUUUUGCUUUUGGACCACCGUGUUCUGAUUAAUGUGUCUCUGUGUCACACAGGAUGGGUACAUUGAUUUCAUGGAAUAUGUUGCUGCUCUCAGUCUGGUCCUCCGUGGAAAGAUCGAACAAAAGCUGCGCUGGUAUUUCAAGCUUUAUGAUGUGGAUGGGAAUGGAUGUAUUGACCGUCAUGAAUUGCUGAAUAUCAUCAAGGUGAGAAUUGAAUAUUUUAAGAUCUAUUUCAAAGCAAGUGCAGAGCAUUUAGAAUAAAGGAUACCAAGGAAUUCGGACCCAAAUGUUAAUGUAAAGUUACUUUUCAAAUUCGGUGAAUAAAUUUAAUCAUCUGCAUUAUUAAAUGAAUUAUAGAAACAUAGAAUGUGACAGCAGAUAAGAACCAUUAAUACACUGCUCCACUCCCUCCCCCAAUGUAAUACAGUGAUCCUCUCCCUUGCCCAAAUUAAUACACUGCCCUCUCCCUCAAAUUAACACAGUGCCCACUUCCUUCCCCAAUUUAAUACAUUGGCCUCCUCCAUCCCCCAAAUUAAUACACUGCCCUCUCCCUCCUUCAAUUUAAUACACUGCCCCUCCUCCCCAAUUUAACACACAAUAUAGAAACAUAGAAACAUAGAAACAUAGAAUGUGACUUCAGAUAAGAACCAUUCGGCCCAUCUAGUCUGCCCAAUUUUUGAAAUACUUUCAUUAGUCCCUAGCCUUAUCUUAUAGCUAGGAUAGCCUUAUGUUUAUCCCACACAUGCUUAAAUUCCUUUACUGUGUUAACCUCUACCACUUCAGCUGGAAUGCUAUUCCAUGCAUCCACUACCCUCUCAGUAAAGUAAUACUUCCUGAUAUUAUUUUUAAACCUUUGCCCUCUAAUUUAAGAAUAUGUCCUCUUGUUGUGGUAGUUUUUCUUAUUUUAAAUAUAGUCUCCUCCUUUACUGUAUUGAUUCCCUUUACGUAGUUAAAUGUUUCUAUCAUAUCCCCCCUGUCUCGUCUUUCCUCCAAGCUAUACAUGUGAAGUUCCUUUAAUCUUUCCUGGUAAGUUUUAUCCUGCAAUCCAUGAACCAGUUUAGUAGCCCUUCUCUGAACUCUUUAUAAAUUAUCAAUAUCCUUCAGGAGAUACGGUCUCCAGUACUGCGUACAAUACACAAAGUGAGGUCUCACCAGUGUAUACAAGAUACCAUUGUAUUGACUCAAUUGCUUUGUAUAUAGAAGCAAAAGGCCCAACCCUCUUUUUCUAUGAAAAUAUAUCCUUAAUGAACCGCCAACCAAUAAGGCUACAUUUCAGUCUACAUGAAACUUCUUAAGCAUUAACAUGUGUCAUGGAAUGUGAACAAUCUUCUUAUUAUAUACGUAGAAACUUGUUAAGUCUGAUUAUGUGACCAUCACAAUGCUGCCAACCUGUAUGUGCUAUAUGCUUACCGGUAUAUUGAAUAAAUCUAUUAGACAUAUUAUCUUAGUAUUUUAGUGAUGUGUCCGAUGUUGCACUGUAUCUAAACUCUAAACAAUCUAAACAAUCAAAAAUCAGCUAUAAUUGUAUUUUAAUAAAUAUUAUUAAUACAUUAUUAUUUUGUUAUUAAUGCUGUUAUUCGAACCCUUGUUUGGAAAGCUUUCAUUUUGGCAUUGUAAACCCCACAAUGAAAAAACUGCUGGAUAUUUUAAUUUACAUAUGGAAGGAAAAGCACAAAAUACCAAGAUUAAAUCUCAAUUAAAUUUAAGCUUGUUUGUGAUUCUAGUGUUUGUUGUUUUCCAUCGCAAAGUCUAAAACUUGGCAUACCCAGGGCCACUGGUUAAGUAAUCUUCUCCCAUGGAAGAAUCAGUUACUCUCAGACCCACAGCUAGACGUUUCCAUGCAAGUGCACUGGCCAAACUCAUAACUGACCAGAAAAUGCAGAAUUCUAAAACUUUUGUAAUGAGGCUGGAUAGAGCAAACAGAGCUGGCAAACACUGCUACCCAACGGUCCAGCCCUAACUGCAGUCUGAGAUGUAUAGAGGAACACCUUGGACUUUCAAACACGUCUCUAUUUCAGGAAUGUCCGGUUAAACAGAGAAUGAUGAAUAUGGGCAAUGAAAAUAUUUAGGACUUAGUACUAGAUAAUUCACAAUUCAAGGAACUGAGUAAUGGUAACACAACAAUAUCUCAUAGGCUAAUUCUAAACAAGUUUUGAUUGCAGAAUACAAACAUAAUCCAAAUGGAGACACAAAAAUCAAGACAGUAUAAAUCAAAGUUGAGAACUCCAAAUAAUUAUUUACACUGUGUGUAUAAAUCGUGCAACAAAAUAUAUAACAAACAGAAAUACUUGUUCCAUUGUUUGUCAUAUGCUGCACUCACAGAACCCAUAAAAAACAAAGGAAUUAAUUGUGCAAGGAGUCUUAAUUAAUACAAAGGAUUAACUCUUUAGUAUUCUACUUACUUUUUUAAAUUUUUCUUUUUUUAGAGCAAACUGUUUUUUCAGAGCUCUGUAUCGGUUGUACAGCAGCACCAAUCAGGUUUCUUUUAUUCUGAUCUUUGGCUAAAGCUUUGGAUUAUGAGUUAAAUCUCGCAAAGUUGCAUGGGGCAUGUGGUUAAUUGCCCCCACAGCAGUGAAAUAUACCACUUUUUUUGCAGUGUUACCUAUUUAACUGUGCAAAUAUUGCAGUUGCUUUUAGGGUCAGACAGAUGUCAGUUCUAAAUAUAUGUGCAGAAAAAAUAGGGAUACAGCUGUAUAAUCGAUUAAGAAUACAUCAACAAAACCUAGUGUAGAAACAUAGAUGUCAGUGCUCCCUCAGCACCAAAUAAACAUUAAUAAAGGGUUAUUUUCUUUAAAAGGUGGUCAGUGACAUUUGGAGUUUUUGGGGGUUUUGAGAGAAGUGCCUUUGCUUACAUCAAAAAUCUCUUACUAUUAUUCCGACUUAUCCGGGAACCCUUUUCACCUUUGCAUAACACCGUGAUAAAGGGUUAAUUUAUUUUCCUUUUUUAAAAGUGUUUGGGUGGGAGUGGUGAGAGGUAAAAGAGAAAAUACUAGAGAAGACUUUCCUGCUCAUGUGUAGGGAUUAAAUCAGGAAAGACCAUAGAGGCUGACUGUCCUUUUUUUUUCGAACACUGUUUGACCCAAGGUGCUUGUAUACAGCUGAAGGAUCCUGUCAUGUAGGGAUGAGUGUUUCAUCUUUUUUUCUUUUACAAAUGCUUCAUUUUUUAAAAUCUAUUUUGUUUCAAAACUUGAUGAAAGGGUCAUUAUAUUGAAAAAUAGUUUUGAGAAGGCAUUGGUCCUUUAACCCCUUAAGGACACAUGUCAUGUGCGACAUGUCAUGAUUCCCUUCUAUUCCAGAAGUUUGGUCCUUAAGGGUCUAAGAAGUUAAGUAAAUCCCACAGUCUUAUAAACCAACCCAGCUCAAUUUUCUAACCCACCACUUCACCAACCUUAGUGAAGCCUUAGUUUUCUAUCAAAACCCAGUUUGAAUUCUUCCUACCAUAGCCUAAUUUCUGACCCUUGACUCAGUAUAAGUUCUUGAACCAAACCCAGUCGUUUCUCUUUCCCUUUCAAUCUUUCCCUUUUAGCUCAUCCUGUUCAUAUUCCCCUAUUAAUUUUCCCCUUAAACCACAUAUCCCCUCUUCAUUUCCAAUUCCACGUCAUGUAUUUUUUAUUUUCUCCUUCAUCUAUCUCUCUGCACUUAUUCUAUUCAUAAUUUUCCCUUUAUAUCACCCCCCUGCAGUCUUCAUUUAAUAUAUUAUCCCAAAUCUCAGUUCUCUUGGUGUUUUAGUGGCAUGGGAGGUGAGCGGGCUCUGUUUCUCUCAGCACAGAUGUGCAGUCAUUGUCUUCAAUGUGCUUGCAACUGACAACAAGUGUGGAUAACCUUUUGAUAAAACAAACAAGGAGAAGCCCUGCAACCUCCACCAAUGGACCCUUCACGCAUCCAAUCAGCACUUUUCAGAAUCUAUGAGAGCAGGUCUGCUCUCAUGUGAUCACACCAAUGGCUGACUGAAUAUAUCACCCGAUUAGUCUUGGCUCUGGUGGCCAACUAGAAAAGUGCUAGUAUUUCGGUAGACCAGAUUAAAUGGAUGUCAGGUGCAUAACAAAAGCACUUUUUCUCUCCUUUUAUCUACUAUCUAAAGACUCAGAUGCCGGUGUUUUCAUCCUGCUGUGUUGCAUGGGCUCUGCAUAUAAAUAAUUUAUGCCAUGUUUGUGCAUUGUGCUCCUUUUACACAUCAACCAUUAGCAUUAAAUAACUCUAAUUCUCACUCAGGUAUUUCCUGAGUAAAUAGUCUUAAAUACUUUAAGCUUGGUUCUUAUAUUAAACCUGCCCUUUAUUAGCUUGGCUCGUUUCCAUAAGCUAUUCUGAGAAUUGAUGGAGGGCCUUCAGAAGUCCAGUGGCCUCACAAACCAAGGAGAAAACAAUCCAUGCCAGUUUUAUACCAUCCUUUUCUUUGUAGAUUCAUUCUAUCCAUUUCAGUAUCCAGAGGUUACGGUGGGAGCAAAACUCUGGAGAUUAAUCAGGGAAAAUUUAUCCAAAUUAAUGAAUUGAGUUCAUGAGUUUACUAUCCUUUCUGUUGACCGUGGCAAAGGGAGUCUGCAAAGUUAAGCUCUUAUGUAGGUUGAGGGCUAUAUAUAAAUAAAACUUCAGGACAUAUAUAUCAAACACAGAGUAUUAAACUAGAUAAAUCAUCAAAAUUUAACACAGUCAUCAGGGCAUAUAUUUGAUAAAAUGAUAAUAACGUACAUAUGAAGUAUGCAGUCCAAAGUUUUUCUUUUCUUAACCAAACAUUAAGACAUGCUUCUUAUAAUAUAUAAAUACUAGUAUCAUCAUGUUAAUGCAGAGGUCCCAAUGACAAUGGCAAAGUACUACUACUGUGCUGCGCUACAACUGUCAAACCCUGCCACACUCCAGAACUUAUGUCAACUACAAUGUUCACUUUAGGAAGGUGGUGCCAUCACUGCUUCCCCACUCAGAACCAUCCAAAUGACAGCGCAAAUCUACCAGUGACAAUCCUAGUGAUCAUUUUAAAGCAUUACUGCUGAGCAGCUGCCUAGAAGGCCAAAGGAGCUAAGAAAUUAGCAUUUGCUUGUUCAUUCCCUUAAAUCUCUGUGGCAUUUUCAAUGAUUUAAAGAUAGUGAAUGCAGGAAUGUGAUGUCAUUUCAACAUCUGCCAUGUUGAAACCAUUGUAUAACUUUAAAGUGCAGAAACACAGAACCAAAAAAGUAAACUACCAAGGAUAAACCUGGUAAACUGAGAUUUGCCAAAAUACACCUGUAGUGCUGUCAAACAGAUAGGCUAGUAAAGCUACUUUGUCCUGGUUUCACUUUCUCCAUCUCUACGUGAUGCAAAUGGUGCUGAAAUACAGACAUGCUUUAUUGCUUUUUAAAUUUUUUGGUUAUUCUUCAACAUCGGGGGUAGUAAUCAAAAGCUACUAAGAUACUUAAAAUAUAUAUAGUUUUUCUUUUACAUAAUUUUUAUUGAGAUAAAAAUAGAUAUUUUCUGUUUUUAUAGUUAGUAUGUUUCUUUUAUAGCCUGGUGACUGUAAGAGUGUGUGUCAAAGCAUUAUGUAUACAUUGUUGAAAAACCCAAAGCACACCAAGUUAAUCUUGCACAUAAAAAAGAUUUUAUUAAGUAGAAAUUUGAUAGAAAUAGUAUGAGUAAAGUGCAGCAGGGGUUGCUGUAUCUCCUGCUCUGGGUUGGUAAGCCUAUUUUAUUGUGGGUAUGUGGGUUAUUUCAUUGAGCACUUAUCUUUGAAUUUGAUAUGUAUAAUAGGUAUGUUAUUCUUUAUUUGUAUGCAUCAUAUACUGUUUGCACUUUACUUGUACUAUUUCUUAUCAAAUUUCCACUUAAUAAAAUCUUGUGUGCUUUGGUAUGCAUGAAUCUGGUGGUGGAACAGAUUUUCCCAUUUGGUACCCAAUUUCUUCUUAUCGUACCACUACCCUUAUUAAGGCGAGCGCUCACUACAAAAUUUUAUAUGCAAAGCAUUACUGUAUGUCUGAGAUAUUUUCCAGUAUGUGUGUAUGUGUCUGUGUUUCUGACAGUGUGUCUGUAAGUGUUGUUUAUGAAUGUAUGUUUUUUUGAAACUAUUUGACAGAUUUUGAAUGCAUCCAAGACAAUUUAUAGGUUUUCAAGAGUAGUCUUCAAGUGUGAGAUUGCAUAAAACACCAUUUGCAGAAUUGAGAGUGUUUGUCAGAGUGUCUGUGUCUGUCAUUGUCUAAUAGUUUGACUAUUUGUCAUAAGAGAUUUUUUUUUCUCUAAAAACAUAAUGAAAAGUUACCUGUACUUUCAUUAUGCAAUAAUAAAAAUAAUAAGAAAUGGUGGGCAUCAAACUUAGCUUCCGUGCAGAGGACUUACUAACAGCCCUGGGACCUUAUAUUUAAAGAGAUGUUCCAAGAACUGCCUUGCUGUGUCGCCUACUUAGCUUUCAGUAAUGGUUGCCAUCCUUGUUCAGAUCUGAAUGCUUUUUUUAUCAGAGCAUUUCUAUUUACAAGAAUUCAUGUGCUCUGUCUGGGUGGCAUUCUUUUAAAGUUAAUUCCCUCAGACACACUGGUUUAAUUAAACAGCCAGGAAAUACAGACAUUCCUGUGCAUACCAUUAAUCAUAACCUAAUACCCAGAUGUUAGAUCAUAUGCAUCAGCAAAUAGCACUUUCAAGGUGACUAUUGAGCUGCCCUGCCGCUUUAACAGGAUUUAGAAGCAGUUAUGAUUAGUCUGUUCCCAAUAAGAGCAAGUUAAUCUGCUGAAAGAUGGAGGGUGGUAAUGAGGGGAGGGGGAAGUUAAUCAAGCUGUGACCCAAUAACCUACUAAUUUAUUACAGGUAUACAAAUACAAAAUACAGUUCUUCUUUGACUAUUACUAUAGAGGCGUAAUAGGCUUAAGAGUUACAAAUUACAGCACACAAUACAGAUUUGUUAAAUAGUAUCACCAUGAACAUGCCAUGUAAUAUGUUGUUUUACAAAAUAAGUAGUUUGAUAUCUUAUUAGACAAUGCAACAGUGUGGAUUCUAUAAUUGGCUUUGCAAGAUAUAUUUGCAUUAUUAAUAUUAUAUCAAAUCCACUUUGACAGUCGGCAAAAAUGUCAUUUAAUUAUUUUCUGACAAUAUAUUCAAUAGAUGUCUGCUGGCACUCCACCAACAUAUAGAUAUAAAGUACUGCUUGCCUGGGUGCAAAUAUCCCUUGUUGAAAUAUGUAGCAUAAAAUGAAAAAAUAGGAUGCACUCAAAGGUCUUAGGUUAAAGGUUUAUUUAUUGAAAAAAAUUCAAUAAAUAAUUUAUCAUUUCUUUGUACAAAAUAACCAACGUUUUGACCCUCUAAGGGUCUUUUUCAAGACCUUUUUCAAGAUAAAUACAAAAGUCACCUUUAACUCAAGACCUGCGAGUGCAUCCUAUUUUACACACACACAUAUAUAUAUAUAUAUAUAAAAAGAUAUAUAUACAAAUAUAUAUACAUAUACAAAUAUAUAUAUAUAUAUAUAUAUAUAUAUAUAUAUAUAUACACACACACAUACAAAUAUAUAUAUACACACAUAUAAACAAAAAUAAAAAUCAAAAUGCACUCACAGGUCUUCUGGUUAAUAGGAAAACUGGUGCUUUAAUAAAUCAUCUGUGAUGUACAAAAAAAUCAAUCGACGUUUCGACCCUGCCGGGUCUUUUUCAAGAUCUUGAGUUCUUGAAAAAGACCCGGCAGGGUCGAAACGUCGAUUGAUUUUUUUGUACAUCACAGAUGAUUUAUUAAAGCACCAGUUUUCCUAUUAACCAGAAGACCUGUGAGUGCAUUUUGAUUUUUAUUUUUGUUUAUAUAUUUGACGCCAACAAUUUGUACCCAGGCAUGUGAGUUAAAAAUUUAUAUUUUUUUGGAGGUGAGUGCCAAGCGUUCACCUAUACACACAUAUAUAUAUAUAUACUUGCAAAUCCCUGCACACAAGCUCAAAAGUCGCUUAAAUCGCCAGGUGCCAAAAGCCUGGACUCCAAAAUGUAUACUAUGUUAAUGAAGGAGGCUUUAUUCCGGACUUGUAAAAUCCAAUGCUUUAUUAGAGAAAAAAAAAGUUAAAAGAUUAGCGUAUUUUUUUUCAUAGAUGUUAUAGAUCCAUACAGCAGAACCCAUACAGCAGUUACUCAUAAAGCAAAUAUUGGAAAGAUAAAGGAGGUACAGACACACUUUAAUGGUUGUAACACAGCCCUCUCCCCAAGUUGAUUCAUUUUCUUUUUCAUUUAUUCAUAAUAUUCUAGCCAAGAGCUUUUUCUUAAUUUCACUAAAUGCAAACCAUUUGUCCUUCUAUGACAAAUGGUUUGUAUAUCAGUGCAACAAAAUAGACAUACUGGACUGGUAACCACUAACAUAAACAAUAUUCACAUAUGUCACAUUCAUCAUAUAGCAAUUGUCUUUGAAUAAUGGACAUAUUAAAUAGUGCAAUAUGCUCCGGAGCACAGUUAUAUUUACUUGUUAUGAUAAAUGCAAAUGUAUUGGCUUGAAAUUUUGACUCAGGGAGGACACAGAAUAUUCUCUAUUUGUUAAGCCUACCAUGAGAUACAUUUUGACACAUCAUUAAAGUGCCUUGCAGAUAUGUGUUGAUUCACCAAAACUUUGAACAUGUACUUGAGACUGCAUUAAAGAGAGCUUCACAUAAAUAGUCUAAGGACACAUAAAAGACUACUCACAAGAUGAUAAGCCCUUAGAAAAAUGCUAAGGUCAAUAGGAUAUAAUGUUAAGUACACGAUUGGUUUAGCAGUCAUUAAAGGGAUUUAUCUGAUAACUGGAAUAUCAUGUCAUGUGAUCCCACAGUGCCACAUUGUGCAAGGGACAAAACCACCAGAGGUACACGUAUAAUAGUAUUGGUUAUUCUUUCUCCUUGUAACCACAUAAAAUUUUAGAUGCACCAUAAUAGCAGUAGUAAGAUGGAAUUGUCUGGAUCAAUGUAUCAAUUUUGUAGAUCUACAACUUCCAUAACGACUUGCAUUUGUAAAGGUUGGCACAAUAUCAUGAUAGUUCUACUUUUAUAAUAUCCUAGAAUCUACCAAUGUUUGGUCUGCUCUAAAUGUUUGAAUUCUGCAACAUAUAUUCAUCAAUACUCAAUCAAGUGGUUCAACAUGAAGCAUAAAAUUACCUGUCUGACAAAUUUGAAAUCUAUAAAAUUGUGUACUUCAUUAAAUAAGCAAAAUUAAUUUAACUCCCAGAGGUCUGAUUAGUCAACAUUUUUUGCAAUGAAGUCUGGAGUUCUUUUAGUUCUAUUGAUAAAUAAAAUUAACAAACCUGUUGCUAAGCAUUAAAAAAAAAAAAAAAAAAAUUUUUUGCAAUGAACUGUAUCCCACACAUAACUGCAAUAUUUCAGGAAUAUUAUUGCAGAAUUUCUAUUCCAUGCUCUAUUCUUUGGUCUAAGAUGUUCACUUUGUUAAUUGCUCCUUCUGAUGGUGCUUCAGGAAGAUAAAGAUCCAAUUCUUUGUAGGGAGGCCCCACCAAUAUUUUUUAUUGUGGCUGAACUAACACUUAUUUGUAUAUUUUCCCUGAAUUGUUUCUGUAUUUUGGUCACCCAGUGCCUAUUAUUGGUGCAGAGUAUGUUAAAUGUAUUGCUUGUCUGUGCCUCCCCCCCACUUUUUUCCUGUACUACUGUUUCCCCAGCAGGGCGUUGUCCCAGGGACACUGUCAGACCAGUUUAAACUAUCUGCUUUGUCCCUCCUCAAUCUCCCAUCAGGAUCUUGGGAUUUAAACCCCUGUUGUAUUGUGUUGGAGACCCCAUGUAAGGGUCUGUGCGUAAAAGCCACGUGUGAUCAAAUAAACCUCAGUUGACUCCCAGAACUGUGUGUCAUCCAGUUACGGGGGGAAUGGGCUAUAUCUCCUAAACAGUGCUUCCUUUCCAGCUUUAGAGAAUCCCAGCAGAAAUUUUGGAUUUUAGUAUUACAUCUCCGCUACAUUUAUAAAUGAAGUUCUGGAGUAAGAACUCUGCCUAAGAUGCCAAUUACUGUCCUCUGUUAUAUAUUAUCAGCACUACACAUUAACCAGCUAUAUGGAGGAUAUUUCUAUGAGGCAUAACCUGUGUAUCAAAAAAUAUGUAUUGCUAUAUAAUGAUACUAUACUAUACUUCUUUUUCAGGCAGUACGUGCAAUCAAUGGAUGUGAUCAUGAUACUACUCCUGAAGAAUUCACCAAUCGUGUGUUUGACAAAAUUGAUAUCAAUGGAGAUGGUAAGGGCUAGUCUUAUUGCAUUAACUAUUAUCAAUUCAAGCAAAGUGGGAAAACAGGGGUUCUUUGAUCCAGCAUAAUUCAUGUACUUUAGUAUACUUUCUUUCUAAAUAGCUCAUAUUGUAACAUUCUUUAAAACAAUAGAUAAUUUCCAGUCUAUUACCAUUCACAAGGUGUAAACACAAUGUUUCUGCUUAAUGCAUACUUACUUUCAAUUCAUUAUCGACCUAAGGAAGCCAUAACUUAAACAUUUUUCUUUCACAAUGAUUUAUUUCAUUGUCAUUCUUAUAUAGUAAACUCUCUCCCUGUAUUUGGCUUUUCUCCAUUUCAUAGUGAGUUUUAUCAAACGUGAUUGCUUUCGAGUUAGAAAGAUACGUCUCACUUUCAUAAGAAGGGAAUGUCUAUUUAAUUAUAUUACUCUCUGUACUUCUCUGUCUUCAUCAGGGGAGCUGUCACUGGAAGAGUUUGUUGAGGGUGCUCGGAAGGAUGAAGAAUUUAUGGAUGUUAUGAUGAAAAGCUUGGACCUGACUCACAUAAUGACCAUGAUUAAUAAUCGGAGGCAUAGUGUGUGAUAUAAAGGUGGCAGCCAGUGCCACUGGGUGUGCAGGCAGAAGAGCAAAAAGGGGUGCGGAGUGUACUUAAGUAUGCUUGAGAAGAUGUCACCAUGGAUUAUGUAUAAUAAGGAAACAUUUUUCAUAACACAAGGAGGACAUAGCGGAAGAUGGGGAGGAAAGGGAAAACAAGUGAUAGAGUUGGAGGAACAAAGACUUACAUAUUAAGAACUAAGAGAAUUCAAGAAAUAAAACUGUGGACAGAAGGUGGAUUCUAGAAAUGAUAUGCAUAGGUAAUACAUUCACAGCAAAUCAAACAAGUAUAAUCCUUUAUGGGUUGCAUUACUAUGUAUGUAAUAUUAUUGAUAGUUAAUAUGUUAUUCUUGGCUUAGUGCAUAUAUUACUAGAAGAAACGCUCCUUAAGAGUGCCUAGAUAAAGAUCCAGUACUUGCAGAAAUAUGAAUAAGGAGAAGUAUCGGAACCAUGGAGGAUGUUUGAUGAGUAUACCGUUAUGUGAUGCGGGCUCUCCUGUGAUGUAGGGUACAUGACAUCACAUGAUGUAACUAAGCCAAGAUAUAUUGUAUAAUUUGAGUACUAAUUGAAUGUAAUGUAAAUAUGUAUGAAACACAAUAAGAAUAUAUAUAUAUAUAUAUAUAUAUAUAUUCUUUAAAGCAUUUUAUAUAAUACGUUUUUUUGAGGCAUAGUGUUAGCAGAAUAUAUAGUUCACGGUACGUAGUUAGUGUGAAGCAGUCUGUACAGAGAGAUGUAGAAUAGCUAUUAGACAUACAUAGUGUAAAUAAUUGAUGUCUAUGUAGCAGUAUGUAAAAAGUGCUUGGAAAGUAGAUAUAGAUGAACUUUUCUUGGGAUGUGAGAAAAAUAAAUAUCAAUUUAUGAAUGGGAGAGAUGGUGAGAGCCAACGGCUACUGAAACAUAGCUUUCAUAAUAACCCUUGAAAGCGAGAUCAACAUGCAUUAAAGAAAAGCAUCAUUUCAUGACUCCAUGUGUUAUAAGUAUUGAGAAUAUGUAGACAACUGUUAUACUGUAGGCAUUGUCAAUUACAGCAACAAUCAUGGGACUAAACAUAACCAUCACACAGGAUGUAAUUAGGAGGCAAAGAAUGGUACAGUAAUCCUUACAGUGGAACCAGGACUGAGUAUAGAACAGUCACCACAGUGUUCAGAGUAAGAAUUGGUGGAGGCUUAGUUGUGUACAACCAAGAAAUAUAAAGGUUUUUUUUUUUUUUUUUUAAAUAGUGACUUAAAAGGACAAGGCUCCCACAAGCCCUUAUCAGGGUUACACAUAAACUACCAUCAUCAGGCUCACACAUAUUCAGCCCUUAACAGGCUUACGUAUACUCAGCCCUCAUCAUACCCAGUCCUCAUAAAGUCCACAUAUACACUACUCUCAUCAGGCUGACAUAAACACUACCCUCAUCAGGGUCACACAUACACUACCCUCAUCGUGCUCACUCAUACUCAGCCCUUAUCAGGCUCACAUAUGUACUAACCUCAUCAGGCUCACAUAUAAUCAGCCCUCAUCAGGCUCACAUAUACACUAGCCUCAUCAGGCUUGCAUAUACACUAGCCUCAUCAGGGUCACAUAUACACUGCCCUGAUAAUGUCCACAUAUACACUACCUUCAUAAGGCCUACAUAUACACUGCCUGCAUCAUGUCCACACAUACACUACCCUCAUAGGGCCCACAUAUAUACCGCCCUCAUCAGGCCCACAUAUACACUACCUUCAUCAGGCUCAUAUAUCCUUGUCUACACUAUCCUCAUUGGGUCCUCAUCUAUUGACUAUGAUGAUGCAUUUCCACAACAUCAAAUAUAUGCAAACAUUGUUGCAGUUUCUGGAUCCUGUGAACAGUCUGGACCCUGUGUAUCUCCAUUUGCACUAUCACAAUUAGAGGGGGUAUGUUAGAAGGUGGGCUCUCUAUGUCUUCACACAACAUUUUCACAGCUGUUAAUGAAUUAAUUUUUAUCAUGGUUAUUAUUUUAAUGUCAAAUGUAGCCGAACAUAAGAAAAAUGUGUUUGUUGGAAACUGACAGAGAUGCAGUGCUUAUAAUGAGUAUAUAGUGUUUUAAUGUUACUAUGCUGCAUUGUGCACCUUGUGUAUAUUGCACUUGUACAUGACUCAGCAUUGUGAAUCAAAUGGAAAAGAACAUAUGUGGCUUUUUUAUGUUUGACAGGCUUGUGCCUUUUUUUGUGAGCUGUAAAUAAAAUGCUACGUAAACCCUACAUACAUUUUAAAUAAAAUGGUAUAAUAUUGAU